GCAGGGAGAGCGCAGCAGAGACAAAAGUCCUAAAACUUUAGCCAGUUUGAUUUUGUUUUGCAGUAACAACUGUAGAUCUGUCGUGGAUCUGCGAGAAUAAUCUAACUAGAUUAUUCCCGCGAUGCAAUGCUUUGAAGACAUUGUUUUAUUUUGGGCCAUAAAUCUACUUGCAGAGUGAACAGGGCUGCACCUUAACCUCAGAGAGUGAAGUGGCUGGACUGCAUUGUUUGUCUCAGUUUUGGAGAGCAGGUGUUAUGGAUCUACAGUAUUUCCUGAGCUGGAGAGUUGCCCUGCUGCUUCUCUUGGUGCCGUGUGGGCUCCACUGUAUGACAGUGCACAUCCUCAAUAAGGAGCCUGUGCAUGUAAUCCCAGCAUCCAGUGUGACUCUGAGAGCUCGGAUCGAGCAUGGGCCCUUGGAGGAGGUCUCCAUGGUGACCUGGGAGCGGGAGCCUGAAACUGGAAGCAGCCACGAGGGAGUGACGCUGGCCACGUGCCCCGGCAGAAGCUUCAAGUGUGCUCCUACGAGGCCAAAUGUUGGUGUGAACUUGGAUCAGCAGGAGACGACACUUCAAAUAAAUAAAUUCAGCGAAGCGGACAGGGGGGUGUACUCUGUGACUGUGACGGAUCACAAAGGGGCCAAGACCCGAGCACAAUGCAUCGUCAGGAAAUAUGAGGCAGUGCACCACGUCUCAGUGAGCAUCAAUGUGUCUCACUCCUCGCUGGUUUGUGGUGAGGCUUGGGGCACAGAUCCCCACUUCAGCUGGCUCCACGAGAGAGUCGCCAUCACCCAGACUGUGGGUACCGUCUCCAAAGACGGAACAACACUGUUUGUGACCAGGAGUCCUAUCUGUGGCCACUUCACCUGCAUGGUCAGCAACGAGCUUGGCUACAGCUCUGCCACCUACACUGCAACACCUUGUGAGACAGAGGGCAGAGGGACAACAGCAGCUGUAGUGUGUGCCGCCGUCCUGCUGCUGCUGUGUGGAGGAGCGCUGGCAUUUCUGCUGUGGAGGCGACGCAGUCACAGUUACAGAGGAGAGAGACUGCACGAACAUUUAGAUGACACCAUCUGAAACAAGCUCUAAGGCCCACUUGUGUUACUCAGAGAGAAGAACAGGAAAUAGACUGGACGUGUGAGGCUGAAACUUCCUGCCCUGUGAGCAGUAUGACCUUACUUACACUGCACUGGAACAAUGUGAUGAGUGAACUGCUUUCUGGGAAAUAAAAAAAAAAUGUCUAAAAAUGGAUAUUUAGCUUGAAGUGCCAGCAAUGUCUUUACACUGCCUCCUGCUGGGCUGCAGCUGGCACUGCACAUUUAAUAACCAUUUUUGUAAGCUUGUAUCAGCUGUGCUUUGUAUUAAAAUGUUACUUCAAAUGUUGCCUUCAUAAUAAAAUCCCCUCAAAGAAUGUGAAAAAA